AUGGAAAACAAACGUUCUGCGUUGUCGCUGCCGGAACCGGCGCUCUCUCUGGUAUCUGGAGGCAUAGCAGGAGCAUUAUCACGGACUGCUGUAUCGCCUAUGGAGCGUGUCAAGGUUUUACAGCAAGUCCAAGGAUCAACAAAUUCGUACCAAGGUGUUUUCGGCUCGGUGCGUCAGAUAUGGAGAGAGGAAGGGUACAGGGGGCUGUAUCGAGGAAACGGCAUCAACUGCAUUCGCGUGAUUCCCUACUCUGCUGUCCAGUACGCGUCGUACCAGCGUCUGAAGCGGUUUCUAGCCCGUCCAGACGGCAGUCUCAGCACAGAAAGCAGACUGGUGGCCGGGACCGUUGCCGGAUUUUUGUCGGUUUUGGUGUCGUAUCCGAUGGAUCUGGUGAAAACGAGACUCUCUGUGCAGACGGCACAGCUCAGAAACCUCAAGAGCCGCGCAUCGAUCGAGAAACCGCCUGGGAUGUGGCAGAGUCUCGUGAAUAUUUAUCGCAACGAGGGAGGUAUACCUGCGCUUUAUCGAGGAAUUAUGCCGACUUCGUGGGGUGUGGCGCCCUACACGGCUCUCAACUUCACGAUGUACGAGAGCAUGAAGGAGCUGGUGCCCGAGAAACACCGCAAAAACCCUGCCAUCGCGCUCACUCUUGGGGCCAUCAGCGGCGGGGUGGGGCAGACUAUAAUUUAUCCGAUGGACGUUUUGCGUAGACGGUUCCAAGUGGCGACGCUGGGGGGCGGAGAAAUGGGAUUCCAGUACAAGUCGACGCCGGACGCGCUGGUGCAAAUCGUCCGCAAAGAAGGGUACAAGGGACUGUACAAGGGGCUGCCGGCGAACAUCUGGAAGAUCUGCCCGUCGAUGGCUGUGCAGUGGAUGAGUUACGAUCUGAUAAGAAAUUUGCUUCAGUAG